UGGAUAUACUAGUUUUAGUAACAGCCAUGUUACUGUUGUGUCUCAGUGAAUCACACCUGUCCAACAAGGAAAGCCCUUCCCUGAAGUGGGUCGGUUCAGCUCAGCAGAGUGGGCGGGGUCUGAGAUGAAGUUAAGAUGCAUGAGAGCUUUAAUUCAGCGGCAGAAUACACCAGGAAGGUUUAGUGUUAAGUCCUCACUGGAACAAAUAUAGCCACAGUGAAUCCAGCUUGGAGGGGUUGGUAGCUGAUACCGGAGCCUGACCACAGUGCAUGGAGAGUCUCUCGGCCUCACUUAGCCUCUCAGACAGCCGGUGGCUGACUCACAGCUUCACCGCAAGAACUGAACAGACUCCUCGUUGCUGCAGCUGCUCUACAAUGUGUAGCAUUCGAGGAAGCUGUUAAAGGCAGAAUGAGUUGUUUUGUCAGAACGGGCCACCUGGACAGAGCCCCGUUCUCCGGCUGAGUCAACCUGAAGCAGCGUCCUUGUUACAUGUGUACACUCAUGAAGUUCAGCCAGUGCGAACUGCAGGAAACACCUGGGAACCACGAUGAGAACAAAGUGUGGAAAUGGCACAUUCAGGACCCCGCCAGCCAGAGACUGACGUGGAACAAGCCACCAAAAAGUGUCCUUGUCAUCAAGAAGAUCCGAGAUGCCAGUCUGCUUCAGCCUUUCAAAGAGCUCUGCAUAUUUCUCACCGAGGUGAAACACAUGAUUGUUUACGUGGAAAAAAAGGUUCUGGAAGAUCCAGCCAUUUCAGGAGAUGAAAAUUUUGGGGCCAUUACCAAGAAAUUCUGCACUUUCAGAGAAGAUCUUGAUGACAUCUCAAAUUGUGUGGACUUCAUCAUCUGUCUUGGUGGAGAUGGAACUUUGCUGUAUGCAUCUUCACUCUUCCAGGAGAGCGUUCCACCAGUUAUGGCCUUCCACCUGGGCUCCCUGGGCUUCCUCACACCUUUCAAGUUUGACACUUAUCGGUCUCAGGUCACCCAAAUCAUUGAAGGUAAUGCUGCCAUCGUCCUGCGAAGUCGCUUGAAAGUCUGGGUGCGUAAAGAGAUCUGGGAGAAGAAGGCCAGAAUGGACGAAAAGGGUAUUAUCCUGAGCAAUGGGGACAUCGAAAGCAGCUGCAAAGCCAUGCAGUAUCAGGUACUGAACGAGGUGGUGGUGGACAGAGGACCCUCCUCCUAUCUCUCCAAUGUCGACCUCUUCCUGGAUGGACAUCUCAUUACCACAGUGCAGGGAGACGGAGUGAUAGUGUCCACACCUACAGGAAGCACAGCGUACGCUGUGGCAGCAGGAGCUUCCAUGAUCCAUCCCAAUGUCCCAGCCAUCAUGAUCACCCCCAUUUGCCCACACUCGCUCUCCUUCAGACCCAUUGUGGUGCCUGCCGGGGUGGAGCUCAAGAUAAUGCUGUCAUGUGACGCCAGAAACACAGCCUGGGUGUCAUUUGACGGAAGAAAGAGACAAGAGAUCUGCCACGGAGACAGUAUUACCAUCACCACUUCCUGCUUCCCUGUUCCCUCCAUCUGUUUCCGGGACCCAGUCAACGAUUGGUUCGAGAGCCUCGCCCAGUGUUUACACUGGAACGUGAGGAAGAAGCAGAACUACCUCAGCUCAGAAGACGAGGAGUUCUGAGGCCGAUUCCACGAUCCUCAAGGUUUUCUCCGAGGUCUCCACGACUCCCGCGUCUUGGUUUUAGCUUGACCGUGCUCCGUGCUGUUUUCUCUUGUAUGGAUAGAAGGUCUCACUAGGCUCAAUUCAAAAAAAAAAAAAAAAAGUCUGCCAUAACAAUGCUGCCCUUCGCAUGUAUUAAAAUGAUUUCACACAAUACUGUUUUAAAUUAACAUGUGUUGGGCCAAACCACACUUUUUUGUGGUCCUCCGUGCUGUAGUUUGGCAGAAUAAAUGUGUGAGAAAAAGAGGAAAACUAUUCAACCCCAAAGUCUUCAAUUAAAUUACAUUUAAUUUAAUAAAUAAGCUAUUUUAAAAUAAAUAAUCAUAUGAAUAAAUUAAGUAAAUAUAAAUAACUGAAGUAAUUUAAGAAAUUACUGAAACUCAAAUUAUUAUUUGAUUAUUAAUGUUCUUACAGCAUUCUUGUUUUUAUAGUAACAUUUUCAUUUAUUUCAUUUUUACUUAAGUAUGUAAACUUUUACAAAUGCCAGUUACCUUGGCAGUGUUUCGUCAGAGAAAGACACAUAACUCUGUGUGAUGAGUGAAAGAGAGUCUUAUCUAUCUACUAUAGCUUUUGGUUCUUUUAGUAAACAGGAGCUAGUUAGCUAGCUGUUGGCUACUAACAGUUGUUGGGUCUGCUCAGAGGCAUUUGAUUGGCUGAAGCUCCAACUCAACUGUCUUGAAAGGUGACAUUUUGAAAUAGGCGUGAUUAAGAAAAAUGCAAAAAAAGAAAAAGGGCACUUUGAA